UAAGCCUUGAAACAUUUUCUUCCUUCCUUAUCUGGCUUCUUAGUUUCUUCAAACUAUGGAUUCCCAUCAAAACCUGCCCCUGCUGGUUUCGAAAAUCGGCAUCGUAGGAGCUGGAGUUAGCGGCAUUGCUGCUGCAAAACAGCUAUCCCGCCAUAACCCUAUCGUGUUUGAAGCCUCAGACUCGAUUGGAGGGGUUUGGAAGCACUGCUCCUAUAACUCCACCAGGCUUCAGUCCCUCCGAUCUGACUAUGAGUUCACUGAUUUCCCAUGGCCUGAUAGGGACAACUCAGAAUUUCCCACCCAUUUGGAGAUACUGAAUUACUUGAAAUCUUAUGCUGAGCACUUUGAUGUGCUCAAGAACGUAAGGUUCAACUCUAAAGUGGUGGAAAUUCGGUUUGUUGGUGGCUCCGGCGACCGUGAUAACUCAGAUAUCAUGGGGUUAAUCGGUGGUGGUGACUAUGGAAGCCUGCUUCCUGGUCAGCCUGUGUGGGAAGUUGCUGUUCAAACUAAGGAAUCUGACAUCAUUCAGUGGUACGGCUUCGAGUUUAUAGUGUUGUGCAACGGAAAAUACGGAGACGUGGCAAAGAUCCCGAGUUUUCCAAGAAGCAAGGGGCCAGAACUAUUUGAAGGACAGCUUCUUCACACACUCGAUUACUGCAAACUUGAUCGCGAAGCUGCCACUAAACUUCUCAAGGGAAAGAAGGUUGCAGUCGUCGGUUUCAAAAAGUCCGCCAUCGAUUUAGCCCUCGAAUGUGCAGAGGCUAACCAAGGACCUGAAGGGCAGCCCUGCACAAUGGUGGUAAGGACUCUGCAUUGGACGGUUCCUCAUUACCGGAUUUGGGGAUUGCCUUUUUUCUUGUUCUAUUCUACAAGAGCUUCUCAGUUCCUUCAUGAAAGACCUAACCAAGGCUUCCUCAAAACCCUUCUCUGUCUCCUCUUGUCUCCCAUGAGGCGUGGGAUUUCGAAAUUCAUUGAAUCCUACAUACUAUGGAAGCUUCCUCUGGAGAAGUAUGGACUAAAACCAGAGCACCCAUUUGAGGAGGACUAUGCAUCAUGUCAGAUGGCUGUAUUGCCAGAUAAAUUCUUCCCUGAAGCUGAUAAGGGUAAGAUUGUCUUUAAAAAAGCAUCCAGGUGGUGGUUCUGGAAUGGAGGAAUUGAAUUCGAAGACAACACUAAAGUGGAAGCUGAUGUGGUGAUUCUUGCCACUGGCUUUGAUGGGAAGAAGAAGAUUAAGACCAUUUUGCCUGAGCCUUUUCGGAGCCUCUUGGAGUACCCUUCUGGAAUUAUGCCAUUAUACAGGGGAACUAUUCAUCCAUUGAUUCCAAACAUGGCUUUUGUGGGUUACGUUGAAAGCGUUGCAAACCUUCGCUCAUCCGAGCUACGUUCCAUGUGGCUCUCUCAACUGGUAGACGAUAAGUUCAAGCUUCCAAGCAUUGAGAAGAUGCUUUCAUACACACUUCAGGAGAUGGAAGUGAUGAAGAGGUCUACCAGAUUCUACAAAAGGCACUGCAUUUCAACUUAUAGCAUCAAGCACAGCGAUGAAAUAUGUGAAGACAUGGGGUGGAGUUCUUGGAGGAAGAUGAGCUGGAUAUCAGAAGUACUCGGCCUUUAUGGCAGUGGAGACUACAAGAAGGAGAACUGAAAAAAUUAUACUUGGGGAUGCGUUA